AUGGCUACUUCAUCUGCUACCGCUAAUGUUCGAAUUUUACCCAAUAAUAAAGUUUAUCGACAAUUAUUUGAUGCCCAAGUACAAUUAAGUGAUACUUAUAAUCGAGUUCGAGAUAAUCAACUCUCAAAACCUGUUAAUAUUAUUGCACAUCCAGAUGCUACACCACUUAUACGAAAUAUUAGACCACACGAAUCUCAAAAACGACAAUGGCUGUCGAGUUUACCAUUCAACAAUAAUCCAGACAUCAAUCCGAUAGAUUUACUUUUUCGUGAUGAAAAAAAACGGCGUCAAAAUGCGGAACUGGAAGAAGUUGAAAAGUUGAAGCAAGAAGUUUUUAAUUUACCUGAUAAAAUUGAACAAGAAAAAUUGGAAAAUGAUGAAAGCAAUCCCAGUAAAAAUGUUACUGAAAGAUUAGCAGCUAGUCGACAAGUUAAAUUCAGUCAAUUGUGGGAUGAAUUAUUAGGAAAAAUAUCUGAAGAAAAUCAAAAUUUAUUAAACGAUCUAGAAGAAAUAACGCGAGAAUGUAACAUCUAUUUUGAAGACGGUGAUAUAGAAAUCAAUAAUCGAUUACAAACAAUAAUUUAUCAUAACGAAAUUACAAAUUUAACAAUUGAAUCAUUUGGAAAUGCAUACGAAUACUUGGAAAAUAUUCUUCCACCACGACUUUCUAAAAUUCAAGACUAUUGUCAAACCAUUGAAGGACUUGAACUGGAGCGAAUUCGCAAAAUACGUGAUUUGUUUAAAUUUUAUUCUGAACGUCUUUAUAGAACUCAUCAUUUGUCCGAUGAAGAUACAGCUGCUCAAUUAGAAAAACAAGCGAAUGAACUGAAUUCUCAAAUACUUGACAAUCGCAGAGUUUAUACUGAACUUGAAGCAAGAUUAUUAACAGGUGAAACUGAUCGUGUGCAUCAUUAUCGUGGUGAACUAGUUGAUCAUCAAAGUAAAUGGAGAGAUUCCAUGUGGAUUAUUUACAGGCAGACUUGGAUUUCUAAGUUGUCUCAGUGCAAAGCAAAAUUACAACCAACAAUAUUAUCAACAUGUGCAUCGGUUGGAUCAAAAAUUACCGAGAAAACACGUAACUUAGUUGAACACAUUAAUUUGUUAAAUACAUUUAUUCCACCUGUAUCAACCAAAGAAAAUGCUGACAAAUGGUUCAAGCAAGCGUAUGAUAUAGUAAAUGAUAUAGUUGAUCUAAGAAAAGAACUAGCUCAUCAAAUAGCAUUAAUAGUCGACAAUGAAAUUGAUGUAUUAGAAAAAGAAUCAAAAACAAUCCAAGACAAAGUACUUCAAAAUGAAAUCUACGAUGUAGAACAAAUACAAAUAGUGUUUGAACGAGACAUUCAACAGUUAUUUGAAGAUCGAAAACAAUAUUUACAAGAAUCAGUGAUCGAUCAAGCUGAGGCAACAUAUGAACAAUUGACAAAUUCAAUGUAUAAAACGAUCGAUCGUCUAUUGGCAUUUAUAAAAACACCAGCUGAACAAUGGGACGAACAUCAGGUUCAACUUGAACAUGUUACAGCACAAUUGCUUGAUAUGAUGCGUGAUUGUCGUCGACCGCAUGAUGUUCAAAAUGAAAAAAAAUUAAACAAACUUGAUUCAGCAUUGGAUGAAAUGCGUAGUGCACCAAAUGAAACAACACUAAGUCGUCUUUUGGCAACGGCCUAUGAACAACUCGAUACAAUUAAAGCAAGUUAUGCUCAAUUUUAUGAUAUGGAACAUUCGAUUGUAAAUAAAUAUUCUAAUAUGAUUGCACAAGAAGUUAAUCAAUAUAAAAAUAAAAUGCUUGCUUAUUUUCAUGCUCAAGAAAAACCUACCAUGGGUAAUGAUGACCCUAAUGUAGAAUUUGUAUCAUCAAAUAAUAAUCGGCAGUGUUAUACAACGUCGUUAGCACGAAUAACAUAUGAAAUUGAACUUAAUGUGGGUCAAGAUUCAGACUUAACACAAAAACUUAGUUCGACUGAUGACGACAAUCAGUCAACGGACAGAAGUAGUACUUACGCUCAAAGUCGUCUUGCAAGUGUAUCCUAUGAUCCAAAUCAACCACAAGCACAAACAUUCCUUACUGAAGAUACAACAUCACUGUUGGAUACAGAUACGAUACCAUUUAAUCAAUGCUUUCGAAUUUCAUCACAUAUUGUUCCGUCUAUUACGUUUAAUUUGUGUCGAGCUUUUCUUGAUCACUAUGAUCGAUGGAGAGACGAAACAGUACGAAGAGCCGAAGCUGUUAUGUAUUCGAAACAUGAUGAACUUGAUAAAGAAAUGGAUUUUCAGAUGCAUUUACAUGAACCGAGACGUAUACGUAUUGAAACUGAUAUUCAUAAUGUGCGAGCAGCUGAACUUGUCAUGCAUGAUGAACGAGUUGAACGUCAUAUUCGUGGUGUACAGGAAACCUUAGAACAAACCGAUGCUGAUUAUCGUCGAAUGUUGACUGAAUUUGCUGAAUCAAUAGUAACAUAUAAAGAUGAAAUAUUUGGUUUAGAACAAGUUUUUGUAAAUGCAACUACAAGUGGCCGUCUGCUAUCGUUGCAAGAUCGUUUAUCAAAAAGACGUGAUUCAUUCAUGGAAAAAGUUCGAACAUCUUUGAGAGGCUUUCGUAAGCGUUUUGAUGAUGCUAUGCAAUAUUUAAGACAAGCAAAUGUUAAAUUUCGUAAAUCAUUCAAAAUGUUUUCUGAUGGUGGAAAUUUUAGUCGUGAUGAAAUUGAAAUUUAUAGAAAAAAACUUGAAAAAACAGCAGCUCUAAUUGAUAAAUCUGAAACAGCUAUAUUAAAAGAAAUGGAGAAACUAGAAAAAAAACAAUUAGAAGAAGCAACGAAAAUUAUGAAUCAAUUUCAAGAGCGUUUUAAAAAUCAUAUGACAGAUUUAGUAUUUAUUGAAACAUCAAAUCGAUGGAUCAGUGAAACGCAAGUUAAAAUAAAAAGUGAAGUUUCUGGAAGUAAUCAACAAUCAAAUGGAUUUAAAAAACUUGUUUUAUCCUAUCGAAAUCAAAUCGAUUCGAUAUUCAAUCCUAAUCUUGAUAAAGAACCAUCAACAUUAGGUGAAGUUCGCGAACUUUUCCAACAAAUUAUUUUAUCCAGUUAUGAAAGAGCUUUAUACUUGAAAUGUCUUAAUAAUGAGCUGAUGGUGCCAGCUUCACUUGUCACAACACUUCGAAAUAAAGGAUUACUUUCUGAAGAGGAAUUAGUCAAUGAUCUGUUGAAUGUGUCAAAUGGUGAUGAAAUAAAUCCAUCCCGAAGAACAUCUAGAAUGAGUGCUAGUGCUGUAAGUAAUAUUGAUGAAGUUAAAUCAGUGAAAUUUGCUUCAACAUCAACACCUGGAAUGACACCGUCAUCGCACAAUAAAGUUGGUUCAGCUCCGGUAUCUAGUUUGGCAGGUGGACACGCAGAAGAUUUGAAUACGAUUUCAACUAUUCGAACUCUUCUUCAUAGCAAAAGCGAUCACCAUGAAUCUGAUGAAAUUGUUGAACCCGGUGUACCUGCUGCUUUAAGUUAUAAUACGCGGUCAAUAGCAUCGGCGUCAUCAACACGUUCAUCACAAACAAAAAAAUCGAGUGUAAUUUCGAAACGAAGAAGUGCAUCUCAUAAAGGAUCAGUAGGAGGCGAUGAAUCAACACCAACUGUUCGACGUGAUCGACCCAGUCGAACUAAAACGCGUGAUGAAAUCUAUGCGCUCUAUUGUAGUUUUGGUGAAAAAAGACAUCCAGGACAAGAUUUUCUUUCGAAAAUAAUGAAUAUUUUACGUGACGCAACUGAAGGUUUACUUACUCAUGCAGAAAUCUAUUAUAAAGAAAAAGGUCCUCGUCCUGUUACACGUCCUCUUGCGGUACGUGAAAAAUUCGACGAAUAUGUUACAACGAUGAUUGAAAAAUUAAAACUUUAUGAAGAACAAUGCCGUGUUUAUCAUGAACAUUCAAUCAAUGAAUUUCGUGAAAUGCUCGAAUUAAUUGAACGUACAUCAUCGUUAAUGGCUAAACUUGAACUCGAUGAACAAACUCAAGAGGCGGAAAAAGUUCUUAAUGGUAUUAAGCAACAAUUCGAUGAAGCACUUGAGAAAAUAUUGAAUGAAGCAAAUGAAGAAAAAUCUAAAAAUUUUGAUCAACUUCGUCCAACUCUUGGCCAUCCAACACGAAAAACUGAAUUACAAGAGAUUGAUAAUCGAGAAAAAUCACGUCAAAGUAAUCUGUUGAAAGUCGUUACGCAAUUUCGAUCAAAUACUAUUGAAGAUAUUCAAACCAAUGGCCAAGCAACUAUUGGUGCAUUAGCAACAAAUGCUGAACGUUUACUAAUUCUUUUUGAUGAUAUUUUAACAGCUGAUGAAAUAACCCGAACAAAAAUACCUCCUGUAAAACAACCACUCGAAGAAUUGGUACGGCGUCAACAAGCAGGAAGACCUUUGGAAGAUGUUGAACCAACACCUAUACUUGAAAGAAAACAAGGCCAUUGGGCGGGUUUACCUUUACUUGAUGAUGGUUUGAAUAAACGCCGUGAAUCAGCAAUGGCAGGACGAAAACGUGCAUCGGCUGCAAGUCAACGACAAAAAUCAUCAGCUUCUAUUGUAACACAAAAGACAACACUACCCCAAAUGGAAACAGUAACACAACGUAAUCACGCAUAUCAGAAAUAUAAAGAAGUAUUUAGUCGAACAUUAUCUAAUAUUGAAACUCGUUGUUCAACAGUCACAGCUGAUCUUGAACGCCAUCAAUUACAUUGGAUUGCAUCGAUUGAAAAACUACAGCAAUUGAGAACAUGUUGA